AUGGAAGAAAUUGGCGUUCAAUUGAAGCAGGAGCUCAAGGAUCCUGUGACGAUCGCUGCAAAGUCCAGCUUACUGGAAGAAUUAUCAGAAGAAGAUCUUUACGUCAAAUUGAAAAAGCUUCAACGAAAUUUAGAGUUUUUACAGUUGCAGGAAGAAUACAUUAAGGAUGAACAAAAGAAUUUGAAGCGGGAGCUGGUACGAGCGCAAGAAGAAGUGAAGCGUAUCAAGUCGGUGCCUUUGGUGAUUGGCCAGUUCCUCGAACCUAUUGACCAGCAUACGGGCAUUGUCGGCUCUACAACCGGUUCCAACUACGUUGUUCGCAUAUUAAGUACCAUUGAUCGUGAGUUACUGAAGCCCAGUGCUUCCGUGGCUUUACAUCGUCACUCCAACGCCCUGGUCGACGUUUUACCUCCGGAGGCCGACAGCAGCAUUGCCUUGUUGGGUGCCGAUGAACGACCUGAAGUUGCAUACCAAGAUGUCGGUGGUCUCGAUAUUCAAAAGCAGGAAAUUCGUGAAGCCGUCGAAUUACCUUUGACACACUUUGAUCUUUAUCGCCAAAUCGGUAUUGAUCCUCCUCGCGGUGUAUUAUUGUACGGUCCUCCCGGUACCGGUAAAACUAUGCUCGUCAAAGCCGUUGCACAUCAUACCACGGCCAGCUUCAUCCGUGUCGUCGGUUCCGAAUUUGUACAAAAAUAUCUCGGUGAAGGCCCUCGCAUGGUCCGUGACGUGUUCAGACUCGCACGAGAAAACUCGCCCGCCAUUAUCUUUAUCGACGAAAUUGAUGCCAUUGCUACCAAACGUUUUGAUGCCCAAACCGGUGCGGACAGAGAAGUGCAACGUAUUCUACUGGAAUUAUUGAAUCAAAUGGACGGUUUUGAUCAGACAUCCAAUGUAAAGGUUAUCAUGGCAACCAACAGAGCAGAUACAUUGGAUCCUGCUUUAUUGCGUCCUGGUCGUCUCGAUCGUAAGAUUGAAUUCCCUACACCGGAUCGUCGUCAGAAACGAUUGAUCUUUUCUACCAUCACAUCAAAGAUGAAUUUGUCGGAAGAAGUGGAUCUGGAAGACUUUGUAUCUCGACCGGACAAACUUUCGGGUGCUGAGAUUGCUGCCAUUUGUCAGGAAGCGGGUAUGCAUGCAGUGCGCAAGAACCGAUACGUCAUUUUAAGCAAAGAUCUCGAGAAGGGUUACAAGGCGAAUGUGAAGAAGGAGGACAGCAACUUUGAAUUCUACAAGUAG